CAAACACGAGAACACACCAGCAGAGACACAGCAGGGUCUGCCCGUUGCUGUUAACCUAUGGAAAGGAGAAGCUGUGUUCCUGAAAUUCUGGCACUCUGAUGAGUGGGGAGUGAAUCAAGAUGCAAGCCCUCCUCUUUGCAACCUUAAGGAUACUGCUUCUGCCCUGCAUUUGUGCUCAAAGUGGCAUGGAAAAUGAUGGUGAGAACUUGGCCAUUCCAACUAUAUUCAUCAAAUCCUUCCGUGGAGUUCCCUCAAAUUCCAUGGAAAAGAUCCCUCUUUCUGACAUAGAGGGUUGGACAGAAACCACCACCUCUGUAAAACUUCAGUGUCCUAAAGAAAGUGUCUCAAAGCUCCACGUGAAUAAUGCUACACUGGAAUACCUGAGAAGCUCUUUAAGUACCAGACUGAUACCAGCCAUCUAUAUCCUGGUGUUUGCCGUGGGUGUGCCAGCCAAUGGGGUAACUUUAUGGAUGCUCUUCUUCAGGACCAGAUCUAUUCGCAUGACCAUUUUCUACACCAAUUUGGCCAUGGCAGACUUUCUCUUCUGCGUCACAUUGCCCUUCAAGAUUGCAUAUCAUCUCAAUGGGAACAACUGGGUGUUUGGCGAGAUCAUGUGUCGAAUUACCACUGUCAUCUUCUAUGGCAACAUGUACUGCUCCAUUCUGUUGCUUGCCUGCAUCAGCAUCAACCGCUAUCUUGCCAUCAUCCAUCCCUUUACUUACCGGGUACUGCCAAAGCGCACUUAUGCCUCACUUGCAUGUGGACUAGUGUGGGUAACGGUUUUCUUAUACAUGCUGCCAUUUUUCAUCCUGAAGCAGCAGUAUAAGCUGGACCAGCAGGGUAUCACUACCUGCCAUGAUGUCCACAACCCAUGUGAGUCCUCAUCUCCCUUCCAACUCUACUACUUCAUCUCCUUGGCAUUCUUUGGUUUCUUAAUUCCAUUUGUGGUCAUUAUCUACUGCUACAGUGCCAUCAUCAGAAAACUUAAUACCUAUGAUCAAAGAUGGCUGCGGUAUGUGAAGGCAAGUUUCCUCAUUCUUGUGAUUUUUACCAUUUGCUUUGCUCCAAGCAACAUUAUACUCAUUAUUCACCAUGCUAAUUACUACUACAAUACCACUGAUAACUUGUACUUCAUCUAUCUUAUAGCCUUAUGCUUGGGUAGCUUAAACAGUUGCCUAGAUCCAUUCUUCUAUUUUGUCAUGUCAAAAGUCAUAGAUCACCCUACUCUCUAUCUUACAAUGGUGAAAUCACAGGAAAACAAAGAAAGCUAUAGGAACAGACAGGUGGACUAUGGAUUUAAGGAUUGCUGA